AUGUCAAAUUUACAAGGUCCACGCGUGCUUUUAACGGGCGCCAACGGUUUUGUCGCGUCUCACAUCCUUUGGAUCCUCAUCGAUCGUGGAUACAAUGUCACCGCAACAGUACGGUCCAGUGGGAAAGCAGACGAAAUCAUCAAAACCCAUCCGGACUGGCUGGGCAAGGUCGAAUUUGCGAUCGUUGCGGAUUUCACCUCCGCGAAGCCAUUUGAUCACCUCUUCGAUGAUGCGAGGACACCAUUCAACUAUGUGAUUCACACGGCAUCUCCAGUGAAUUUUUCAGUGCAAAAUAUCCAGCAGGAGAUGAUCGAGCCGGCCGAAAUGGGAACUACUGCAAUUCUGACAGCUGCUGAGAAUCAUGGUGGGGCUGCUUUGAAGCGAUUUGUUCUCUUAGGAAGUGCUGUAUCUGUACUGAACUCCUUGGAGGAUAUUUCGAAGCCAGGAAAACCGUAUACCGAGAAGGACUGGAAUCCCGUCACAGCCAAGUAUGCUAUUGACAGGAAGGACAAUGUCCUUGGAUAUAACGUAUCAAAGAUCCGAGCAGAGAGGGCCGCAUGGGACUUUAUGAAGAAGAAUACUCCUACCUUCGACCUAGUAGUGAUCAACCCUGAUAUUAUCACCGGUCCAAUGACACACCCUAUCGCAGGUCCGAAGUCCAUCAACGAGACUAACCAAUUUGCCAUUGCAAACUUCAUCGAUGGAACUCACAGAGAGAUUAAAGAUGUUACAUUCCCUUUCUACCAUUUUGUGGAUGUCCGUGAUGUCGCCCGAAGCCAUGUCGACGCACUAGAGAACUCAGCGGCCGCAAACCAACGCAUUCUUCUCAUUUCAGGAAUGAUCACACCGCAGUUGGUGGUUAACUACAUCCGCAAAAAUUUCCCUGAGCUUAAGGGCCGAGUGCCCGAGGGUAACCCGGCGCAGAUCUUGCCUCCUGGGGUACAUCCCACGGAUUGGGACAUGCGGGUGAGCUUGGAUAUUCUUGCGAAAGGCACUAAAGACGGUAAAUGGGAGUAUGUGGACUUGGAGACAAGCAUUAUUGAUGCUGUCAAGACGAUGAUCAAAAAUCGGGUCGUCUAG